CUUGGUGAGGCUGGUGAGGGGGCACUGCUGCGAAUCGGAGCACAUAAGAUGAAGCUAGUGGCGGUUAGUUCGUGAAGUGAAGAAGGAGAGUGGGGGCCUUAUAAAUGUGGCAAUGAUGAUUGCGAGUGGAUUUUCUGGAAAUGGAAGUUGGGAAACAUGGGAAUGGUAGUCGAUCAGAGACUUCUUGAUGAUUGGUGGCGAGAUUGAUGCAGAGGAAGUAGAGAGAUUGGUGCAUUCAGGAGGAAGUGCGAAUGAGAUCGGUGAUGGAUGAGGUGAUUGAAGUGUUGGAAGAGAUGUUAAUCCGUCGAUCCUCCCCCUUUUCUGUUCACUUCCACAUCAGCAGAAGCACGAUCGUAGUCAAGGAUGUUAAGUUCCAAGGUCAUAAUAACUUAUUGAACAAGGUAACCCAAAAAGGGGGUCAAGAUCUUAUCAGAUUGGGUUCAUCAGGUUCUCCAUCGAUCGAUCGAAUGGCUCCGUCUUUGAAGACGAGAAUGGGAAGAUGCAAUCGGCAAGGAGUAGUAGUUGAGGUUCCUGCUGAUGAUCAAGGCGGCUGCUCUACACCAAAGGGUCGAAGAUUCAGAAUCCCAGAGCCACUGUCCUGCCCACCAGCUCCAAUGAAGGCAAAAUCAGCUCCUAAAAACUGCUCAUCAAGAGUUUCCUCAUCUACUGCCGCCUUUUUUGCUCCUCUGGAGGAGGAGCUAGAGCUCUUCUUCCUGUUUGCAUUUCGUAAGAUUUGAGGAAAAGUGUCGAGUUGUUUGUCUGCAACAUCUGGUGAUGCAGAAAGAGUAGUUCCACUUUAGCCAGCGAGAUAUCAUGGGUUGGGAAGCUGCUUCUUAUUAGCUUUCAUUUUUUGUUAUAUUAUGAGGAUGGACGUAUGGAGUUGUAGAAUUGAUGUAUUGGAGCGAGCCGAUAUGAGGACUCUGUAUGGCUGGCUC